AUGUCUCUAUUUGAAGUUCCUGAUUGGAAUCUUGGAGAGUUAAUAACUCAAAAACCUGAAACCAAUAAAAAUAAUAGUAAACGUAAGCAUCGCAAAAAUAAAAUUUCAAAAGACAAGAAAAAGAAAUCAUAUGAUGAAAAGUUGGAUGGUAGAGAAGAAGUCGGUAACAGUAGUAGUAAUAUGAACAAUACCAAAGAAAAGAAGGGCAAAUCAUCACCAUCAUCAAAAAAAAAUGUUUCAUUACAACAAAAAGCCAGGAUGAAUUUAUUAGAAAGCAAAUUUCGAUGGUUGAAUGAACAACUUUAUAAUAAGACAAGUACUUCAGCAUUUGAAUUAUUUAAAAACAAUUCAAAAUUAUUUGAUGAGGGAUUUAGUUCAGUAGUUGAAUCAUGGCCUAAUAAUCCAGUUGAUAUAUUUAUUGAGUAUUUGAAACAAAAACCUAAAAAUUUAAUAGUAGCAGAUUUAGGAUGUGGAGAAGCAAAGAUUGCUAAAGAGGCUCCAAAUAAAAUCCUAUCUUUCGAUUUUGUUGCUAAAAAUGAUAAAAUUAUUGUUUUUAUAUUUUCUUUAUCAUUAAUGGGAACAAAUUAUAUUGAAUUCUUGAAAGAAGCACAUCGUGUAUUAAAACCAAAAGGUGAAUUAAAGGUUGCUGAAGUUGUUAGUAGAUUUACAGAUAUUAAUUCAUUUAUUAAAGUUUUAACUGAAAUUGGAUUUGAGUUCAUUAGAAAGGAAUUGUUAAAUUCAGAAAUUUUGGAUAAUUUAUUAAAACCUUGUGUUUACAAGAAACGUUAA